CAACGCGUGAGCCGUGUGCGCAUGCGCAGUGCCGAGCCCGUUGCACAGGAAGCCUGACUGAAGCAGCUGAUAGUCAGGCAGUGGAUGUACCGGGGAGCACAACAGACCCUUUCUGCCCGGAUUUUAAACAGGGCUUUUUAGUACAAGGACAGAAAUCGACUAUUUGAUGAGCAGGUGCCCGGUCUCCCCUCUCAGCGACUGAUGGAGCUGUAUUUUUAUCCCGAUCGCGGUUUAUUUUCGAGUUAACUGCAGGGCCGGAGCUGCUCACUAACAAUGAAGGCCUAGAAUCCAGAUCCGAGGGAUUUAAAGCUCUCCUCUGCCCAGACACCACGAUCAACAACACGCGCAGGCAUGGCUUCACAGCUGCAGGUUUUCUCCCCUCCGUCUGUGUCUUCCAGUGCCUUCUGCAGGGUGAAGAAAAUGAAAGUGGAGAGCUGUGCUUGGGAUGCUUCCAGUGAAGCGUACAGUUCUGUGGGUCAGUACAGCUUCAACCCCGCUGCGGGCCUCCCUUUCGGCACCUCCGGCCUGAUCUUCCCCCCAGCGUCCCGGGGCCAGGUGGUGGUCCGUGCCGCAGACAGCACCGGGAGCCUCCCGCGGGGGUCCAGUCGCAGAACAUCUCACAACGCCCACCACACAGAGUCGCAGUCCUCCCGCGGGCACAGGUACGGCGUGAAGAGGAAGCAUGAGGAGGUGGAAAGCUCUGGAGGAAGCGGCAGCGGCAGCGUUCAGAUCCUGGAGGAGCUCUCGGCUCCUGCUUUCUCCACACGUACGGGAGGAGCGGGAACCACCGCCCAGUCCAUCCCCCACUCGGCCCCCACCACCAAAAGCAGCAGCUCCAACGGGGAAGGGGACUACCAGCUGGUCCAGCACGAGAUCCUCUGCUCCGUCUCCAACAGCUACGAAGUUCUUGAGUUUCUCGGCCGGGGCACGUUCGGGCAGGUGGCCAAGUGCUGGAAAAGAGGAACUAAUGAGAUCGUGGCCAUCAAGAUCCUGAAGAACCAUCCAUCGUAUGCACGUCAGGGACAGAUCGAGGUGAGCAUAUUGAACCGGCUCAGCGCGGAGAAUGCUGACGAGUUCAACUUUGUCCGCUCCUACGAGUGUUUCCAGCAAAAGGGCCACACGUGCUUGGUGUUUGAAAUGCUGGAGCAGAACCUUUACGACUUCCUGAAGCACAGUAAGUUCAGCCCGCUGCCCCUAAGACACAUCCGGCCCAUCCUGCAGCAGGUGUCCACGGCCCUGAUGAAGCUGAAGAGCCUGGGUCUCAUCCACGCUGAUCUGAAGCCUGAGAACAUCAUGCUGGUGGACCCCAUCCGACAGCCCUACAGGGUAAAGGUUAUCGACUUCGGCUCAGCCAGUCACGUCUCCAAAGCCAUCUGCUCAACUUACCUUCAGUCUCGCUACUACAGAGCCCCUGAGAUCAUCCUUGGUCUGCCGUUCUGCGAAGCCAUCGACAUGUGGUCCCUGGGUUGUGUGAUUGCAGAGCUCUUUCUGGGCUGGCCGCUAUAUCCAGGAGCUUCAGAAUAUGACCAGAUUCGGUACAUUUCUCAGACACAGGGAUUGCCUCCUGAGUAUCUCUUGAGUGCUGGCACAAAGACAAGCCGCUUCUUCAAGAGAGGACCAGACUCCAGCUACCCACUGUGGAGGAUAAAAACCCCGUCUGAGCAUGAGGCCGAAAUGGGCAUCAAGUCAAAAGAAGCGAGAAAAUACAUCUUCAAUUGUUUAGAUGACAUGAUGCAGGUCAAUCUGCCGACUCAUUUAGAAGGGACGGACAUGUUGGCGGAGAAGGCGGACCGCCAGGAGUUGAUUGACCUGUUGAAGAGGAUGCUGAGACUGGACGCUGAUAAAAGGAUUACGCCCACAAAGACCCUGGCGCAUCCGUUUGUGACCAUGAGCCACCUGCUGAACUUCCCUCACAGCUCACAUGUGAAGUCGUGUUUCCAGAACAUGGAUAUCUGCAAGAGAAGGAACGGUAGCUUUGACAGUGGGAAAGCCCUGUUUGCUGCUAACGCUGUUCCUGGAGCUGCAGGAAACCUGACGGUGACCUUCAGCAGCCAGCUGAACCAGCACAGCCAGGUUCCUUCUGCUGCUGGAGCCGUUCCUCUCCUUAACUACCAACCGGCUCUUUACCAGCAGGCCACCAUUAACAUCCCAGGCCUGGCCCAGCCCAGCAUCCCCCUGCAGACCCGUCCCACUCAGCUGUGUGCUCAGACCGAACCUUUCCAGCAAACCCUCAUCGUCUGCCCCCCCACCGCUAUCCAAGGGCUUCCAUCUUCUAAUAAAACCUCUAGCUAUCCUGUCCGGAUGGAGAACGGUGUUCCCGUUGUCCAGCAGAACCAGUCCACGCAGCCGCUUCAGAUUCAGCCCAGCAUGCUGACGCAGGGCUCCUGCACGCCUCUGAUGGUGGCCACGCUGCACCCUCACACAGCGGGAGUGGCGUCCCAGUACCCUCUGCCCCUGGCACUGGGCUGUGGGGCAGGAAGGCCUGCCCUGCUGGAGCAGACAGCCACAGUGCUGCAGGCCUGGCCGGCGGGAACCCAGCAGAUCCUCAUACCCUCCGCGUGGCAGCAGGUGCCUGGCAUGACCAUCCACAACCCCAGCCACCAGCCCACAGUGACCGAAUCUCCUCCGGAGACCCUACUGUCCCAGACCUCUAAACAGACUUCAAGCUGGAGGGCGUCUCGCAGCGGUCAGCACAAUGGCGUCGUCCAGCAGAACCCACACAUCCUCGGCGGCCUCAAUCUUUCUCAGUCUCUCAGUCGAGGAGCGUCUACAGUCACACGGUCUCAGAACAAGAGGAGCAGGGUCUGUUGUGACACUGGAAGCAGCAGUGCUCUGGUGGGCUCUCAGUCGCUCAGUGCUAUUCUCCCUCAGCCCAUCAUCAUCUGUGACACCCCGAGUCCUGCUGUCAGCGUCAUCACCAUACACAGCGACUCUGAAGACGAGGACGACAGGAAGUUCCACCCUGCUAGCUGUGGCCCCAGUCACAGGACUAAUGUGAUCAGCUGUCUGACCGUUCACGAUUCGGACUCCUCCACUGCCAGUCCCCUGUCUCCCAAACCCCAGAGCGGUCACGCGGGGGUCCAGUCCUCACGACUGUCCAAAUCCCUGGCAGCGGAGGCUCCAUCUGUGAAAGCUCAGCCGGUGGAAAACUCCAUAUCAGCCAAACUUCCCCCAUCGGCUGUAGGUCUUGCACAGAAUUACUACAUGAAGCCUAAGAGAGCCGCGGCCACAAGGCAGCCGAGCAGCUCAGGAGAGAGCGUCAGUGACCACCUACAGGAGCCCAGCAGAUCUCAACCACUGAACCUCAGUCAGACCACUGUCUCCUCGUCCCAAGAAGCAUCCGGUGGCUCAUCCUCCCUGCGCCGACAGCACACCUACCCACCAGCCUCGACUCGUUACGGUCUCCAGGAGGCUUCGUCGUUCACCAGCACCCCCAGCCUCUACACCUACCCCACCCCCGCGUCCCACAUGGAGCACCUGCUCGUACAAGGCUCCUCCCCCUCCGUGCUGGCCCCGCCCUCUAGUCACUAUGCAGCCAGUCUUAUCCCAAAGGACUCCAUUGGAGGCGUGGUCCACGGACUCUCCGCCCACUACCAGCAACAUUACUCCACCCAUCCUUACACCAGCACCACUAGAGGAGGCGGGGCUUACAGCGGGUAUCAGCUGAGCCCGCGGAGGGUCCCUCAGUACCCCUAUAUAUGACACAAACAGGCUGUGGCACGACACACAUGCCGUCAACUGCUGCAACUGGUUUGAGCUGUCCUAUUUAUGUUUUAGAAAUCUAUCAUGUCGUUUUGCAUCUGUUUGCCGAGAAAUCCAGUGUUUAUUUUCUUGGCCCGAGGAACGCUGACGUGUUUUUAAUUCGUAAGCAAUAGCGGAAUAAUGCUGACAUAAAGGAACAGGGAUCGCAACGCCGUAGAUUUGUCGGUUCAACUAAAAUCCUUUUACACUAAUCCUUGACUCGUUUAUACUGCAGUUUGUUUUUAGAUUCAGUGUCGUGUUUUUGUUGUCGUAGGAUCUUAUGUUUUUAAGUUAUGUUUGAUCGUGAAGCUGACUGGUUCUCAACCACUUCACCGGAAGGUCGAGAUGUGGAAAGAGGAAGAAAAAAAAGUUAUGUGCCCUAAUCGUAUUGUUAUUUAAGUUAGCGCUAUAUGUUAGUCAAAUCAAAGUCUUGGUAGAAUCGUAGAGUGUAUGUUGUGAGGAAUAUCAGUGGAUCUAAGGAGUAACAUCAACUUCACAUCAAUUUUAUUUUAUUUGUAUUUUUUUAGCUAAAAUUGUUUAAUGAUGUCAAUACUCUCAUUGGAGAACAGGUGUGGGGAAAGAUAUUUAACAGAAGAGCUGGGAUGUCAAAGCCAAUGAAAAUGUGAUGCUACUUCCAGAAACCAUAAUUGCACACCGAUGAUUGGUUUUCUGAUAUUAAGUGUGCUUUAUUUGCAGCAUUUCUAAGUAGUCUGCUUAUCAAACUAGAGAACACCAAAUAUGUGUCUGUGUCAGACUCCGUGAUCUUUGAAAAUGCUCGAAACGACACUGUGACGGACCUCUACGGUCUUGUUCUGGUCUCAAUAACAGGACGUGCCUUGACAUUCUCUCCAUGUUUGGCAGUGUUUUUGAGUUCAGAGAACAUUUAGCAAGUACUGUACACAUUUUCUAAUGUCAAGCCACAAUGGAAAAAAAAAAAACACCUCCGUUGUAAUGCCAUCAAAUAAACAAACAUCAAUUGA